GUCGGGGUUAGAGAGAUACUCAGCGGAGGAGGAGGAAGGAGGAGUAGCAAAGACUGAGGAUGGAAAGCUCGGACGCUAAUUUUCCUGUGCGCCAUCGAAAUUUCUCACUAGAAACUAAGGGAAACAAGACAGAGAUUGUGAUCUGCAGCUAUGAAGAUCAUAUCCUUGUCAUAGCAACACAGAUUGGAGCUAUGGGAACUAUAUUGCACGCAAGGAAGGAAGAAGGGAUGUCUGUUGAACCAACAUUUAGUGUCUCAGUGAUAUUCGGAAAGCGAGAUGAGCCAAUGCUGAUAGCAACUGCUAGAAGACUCAUUGACCACAUAAGUUCUUAUGUUCCCUCGAAGCCGCUGGUUCUCUCACUUGGUCUCAAAGAUCAUUCUUCGGAGACGUUGAAGGAAAUAGUAGAAGCCGUGAUCGAGAAUCGCCUUUGGUAAUACAUUUCAAUCCGUUCAAAGGAUAACGAGAAGAUGUUUUAUGCUUUGCUCUUGGUUGAUAUAACUAGUGAUCUGCCGUAAUUCAACGAUAUAAAAGACCUUGUUUUGAUAUAUAAAAGUUGUGUCAUCAACUAUCUUUUCAUCUCAAUUGUUCUUUUUUUUACAGAAUCAUAAAUAAACAUAAAAAUAACACAAACGAUGUAAUU